AUGGGAACACACUCUACUACAAUUGUUUCUUCUCUCUUUGUGUCAUUCCUACUGUUUCUCUCUGCCUCUUCUGAGCUCAAUGACGGAACGUUCAGAGUUAGUCUAAAAAAACUGAAGUUGAAUGAUAACAACGACCUACGCCUCAAUAAGGCUUUGAAAGCAUACAAUCGUGGAGGUCGUAGCAAAGAUGUCAUUAUCACGCUGAAAAAUUACAUGAUAGCCAUGUAA